CUGCCCCCACUCAGUCCUCCUCAUGAGGAGGCCCUGAGGUUGUGAGCCUCUGUACCCUGAUUCUCUCCUGAGCCCUGAGCACCCCAGGGUCCCUCCACAGGGCCUGUUCUGCUGCCUGAUGGCUCUGCUGCUCUCGAUUCCUGGAGGACACCAGGUCAUAACAUGGACCCUGUUUCUGCUGCUGCCAGCACCAUGGCUGCAAGCUGGUAUCUCAGCAGCAUCCAGCAGAGAAGGACCUUUUGGGAUCACCCAACCAGCAUGCCUCUCUGGUGUCCAGGGCGGCUCCAUCGAGAUCCCCUUCUCCUUCUACUUCCCCUGGAAAUUGACAACGGGUCCAAAUAUGUGGAUUCUCUGGAGAUGGAAGGGCUUCCAUGGGGAGUUCAUCUACAACUCCUCCUCAGGUUUCAUACAUAAGCAUUUCAAGAACCGGCUCAUCCUGAACUGGACACAGCCUCAGACAUCCGGACUCCUUAGAAUCCUGGACUUGAAGGAGGAGGACAAGACAUUUUACUUCUGCAAAGUUUAUCUGAACACAACAAAAGGCAAUGAGAUGUUUCAGUCGAUUCCUGGGACCAACCUCACGAUCACCCAUGAUGAGCACAUCCCAGCCCCCAAGACCACCUCUCCAAACCCCACCACUGCAACUUCCGCACUCACCACAAAUGCCCUCACGACCACAGAGGGCAAGAUGAACGGGACCAAUCAGACCAUGGACCUGGGAGCCACAGUUGGGUUGGCAGUGGCCACUGCUGUAGUGCUGGCUGGAGUUUUGGGAUGGACAGUGUUCAUCAGGUGGAAGAGAAGGAAAGAGAAGAAAGGGCCUGCCCAACAGAAAGCCAGGGACGGGAGAGCAGAAGGGACCGGAAGUUGCCUCUACUCAGCUGUAUGGCUCCAUUUCCCAAAGCCUGGCUUGAAAUUGGAGGAUCAUAAGAAGAUAAAAUUUCUGUUUCCCAGUAGCUACAAGGCCAGAGGACUAACGCUGAAACCCCAGCCAGGUGAGCACCAUCCGGGUCCCCUGAAGAGCAGCCAGUGGAACUCCCUUGAGAACACUGAGAAACACCAGAAUGUUGAACCUGAAGGGCAAUAUAAGGACCCCAAAGAGAACCCCAAGGACAACAUCGUGUAUGCCUCCAUUGCCCUCUCAAGCCCGGCCUCCCCAGCAACCCCACCCUGCCCUCCUGUCCCCGGGAACCCCCAGGAAGAGACUGUGUACUCCAUCGUAAAGACCAAAUGAGUGGGUCAGGGUGGCCAUCUCAGAGCCACCUUUGCUUCUAGUAGCAAGACGCCCAGCUUCCACAGCCAGAGACAGAAGCUCAAGGGUCACAGAUAUCCACGGGCAGAGACAGAAAUUCACACGUCAGGGAGCUGGAACUCAGAGAAACGGAGACACUCCCAGUUCCCUUUUCUAACUUCCUUGGCCUUUCUCACAGGAAUAAAAAGAUACACAGAAUUUGC